CACGCCCCGCGUUCAUCUCUCCAGACGCGUCGACGCUGCCAAGGCCUACCCCGCAGUGCCCUCCCAAACUUGAUAGCGCUCGGCCGAAUUCCCCCGGCAAUAUCCAGCAAGUCAUAUCCAUCGCUUUUCUUCUCCAUAUCCAUAUCUGCUCUGCCUGCUUCCUCUCCCUCUGAGCUUCGUGCACAUCGUUCAACAUGGCGUCCGACACCCUCCAUCCACCGCGCCUCGCACCCAUCUUCGCGGGCUCCCCCAGUGCCCCCGGCACCCCGGUGCAUUCCAUCCAAACCAUGCGCCGCAAGGCUGCAGGCCACUCGGGCCCUCUCACGAAGAUCCUCGUCGCGAACCGUGGUGAAAUCGCUAUCCGUGUCUUCCGUACCGCACACGAGCUCGCGAUGCACACCGUCGCGAUCUACUCCUUCGAGGACCGUCUCUCCGCCCACCGUCAAAAGGCCGAUGAGGCAUAUCAAGUCGGCAAGGGUCUCACGCCCGUUGGUGCUUAUCUCGCGCAGGAUGACAUUAUCCGCAUCGCGCUCGAGCACGGCGUCGACAUGAUCCACCCAGGGUAUGGCUUCCUCUCCGAGAAUGCAGAAUUCGCGCGCAAGGUCGAGCAGGCCGGCCUCGCGUUCGUCGGCCCGUCUCCCGAGGUCAUUGACUCGCUAGGCGACAAGACCAAGGCGCGUACGAUCGCUAUGGAAAUCGGUGUCCCAGUCGUCCCUGGGACGCCCGGUCCCGUCGGGUCCUAUCAAGAGGCGGAUGCCUUCAUCAAGGAGCAUGGUUUCCCCGUCAUCAUCAAGGCCGCCAUGGGCGGCGGAGGCCGUGGAAUGCGAGUUGUCCGCGAGCAAUCCGACUUCGAGACCUCGUUCGAACGCGCCGUGAGUGAGGCGAAGUCGGCGUUCGGCGAUGGCACGGUCUUCAUCGAGCGUUUCCUCGAGCGUCCACGCCACAUCGAGGUACAACUUCUCGCGGAUGCGCAGGGCAACACGAUCCACUUGUACGAGCGCGACUGCUCCGUGCAGCGUCGUCACCAGAAGGUUGUUGAAGUCGCGCCCGCUCUGCACCUUCCCGAGGAGGUCCGCCAGGCGAUCCUCGAGGACGCGAUCAAGCUGGCGAAGAGUGUCGGGUACAGGAAUGCGGGUACUGCGGAGUUUUUGAUCGACCAGAUGGGCAGGCAUUACUUCAUUGAGAUCAACCCUCGUAUUCAGGUCGAGCACACGAUCACUGAGGAGAUCACUGGCCUCGAUAUCGUCGCGGCUCAGAUCCAGAUUGCGGCGGGCGCGACGCUUCCCCAGCUCGGGCUCACGCAGGACGCAGUCACGAAACGCGGAUUCGCUAUCCAGUGUCGUGUCACCACCGAGGACGCGUCGCAGAACUUCCAGCCUGAUACGGGUAAGAUCGAGGUGUAUCGCAGUGCUGGUGGUAAUGGUGUCCGCCUUGACGCCAGUUCUGGCUUUGCGGGUGCGCAGAUUACACCUCACUAUGACAGUUUACUCGUGAAAGUAACUGUGAGGGGGACGACGUAUGAGGUUGCGCGUAGGAAGAUGCUUCGGGCUCUCGUGGAGUUCCGUAUUCGUGGCGUUAAAACCAACAUCCCCUUCCUCUUCCGUUUGCUCACACACGACGUCUUCAUCUCCGGCAAGACCUGGACAACUUUCAUCGACGACACGCCUGAGUUGUUCAAGCUCGUCCAGAGCCAGAAUCGUGCGCAGAAGCUGCUCGCCUAUCUCGGCGACCUAGCCGUCAACGGUAGCUCCAUCAAGGGCCAACAGGGCGAGCCUGGGUUGAAGGACGAUAUUGUCGUGCCCGCCUUCCAAACCCGCGAGGACCCGAAUGGGGCGCCACUCGACGCGUCGUUACCGUGCGAACAGGGCUGGCGCAACAUCAUCGUCGAGAAGGGCCCCGAGGCAUUCGCCAAGGCCGUGCGCGAGUACCCUGGCGUGCUCAUCAUGGACACGACUUGGCGCGAUGCGCAUCAGAGUUUGUUGGCGACGAGACUGCGGACGAUCGAUAUGGUGAACAUUGCGAAGGAGACGAGUUAUGCGCUCGCGAAUGCGUUCUCGCUCGAGUGCUGGGGUGGUGCGACGUUCGAUGUCGCUAUGCGGUUCUUGUAUGAGGACCCUUGGGAGCGUCUGCGCACACUGCGUAAGCUUGUCCCGAACAUCCCUCUACAGGCUCUUGUCCGUGGUGCGAACGGUGUCGGCUACACGAGCUACCCUGACAACGCCAUCUACGACUUCUCCAAGAAAGCCGUCGAGAACGGUCUUGAUAUUUUCCGUGUGUUCGACUCAUUGAACUACAUUGAAAAUUUGAAGCUCGGGAUUGAUGCCGCGAAGAAGGCCGGUGGUGUCGUUGAGGCCGCCGUCUGCUACAGCGGUGAUGUCGCAAACCCGAAGCUUACGAAGUACACGCUCCAGUACUACCUCGACUUCGUCGACCAGCUAGUUGCGGAGGGCAUCCACAUCCUCAGUAUCAAAGACAUGGCUGGUCUACUGAAGCCCGAGGCGGCGAGGAUCCUCAUUGGCGCUAUUAGAAAAAAGUAUCCCGAUCUCCCCAUCCACGUCCACUCGCACGACACAGCUGGUAUCUCCACCGCGAGCAUGCUCGCCGCCGCCGAAGCUGGCGCUGACGUUGUUGAUGUUGCCAUCGACAGCAUGUCCGGCCUCACGUCGCAGCCGCCGAUGGGAGCCAUCUGCGCUGCACUUGAGCAGACUGGCAUGGGCACGGGUAUCCGCUAUGCCGACAUUCAGUCGCUCAAUCUCUACUGGAGUCAAGUCCGCAUGCUCUACAGCUGCUUCGAAGCCAAUGUGCGUGCGUCGGACUCGAGUGUGUUCGACCAUGAGAUGCCGGGAGGUCAAUAUACCAACCUUAUGUUCCAAGCUGCCCAGCUGGGUCUCGGCACACAGUGGACAGAGGUAAAGAAGAAGUACAUCGAAGCCAAUGAGCUUUGUGGCAACGUCAUCAAAGUCACACCAACGUCAAAGGUUGUCGGCGAUUUCGCGCAGUGGAUGGUGUCGAACAGCUUCUCGAAGAAGGAUGUGCUUGAGCGCGCCGACCACCUUGACUUCCCAUCAUCGGUCGUGGAGUUCUUCCAGGGAUUCCUUGGUCAGCCGGUCGGCGGAUUCCCUGAGCCCCUACGCACAAAGAUUAUCAGGGACAAGCCAAGGAUCAAUGGCAGGCCCGGUGCCAGCCUCCCGCCCGUCGACUUCAGGAAGACAAAGGCGGAGCUGCGUGCGAAGUAUGGCAAGCACAUCACGGACGCCGAUGUUACGUCGUAUAUCAUGUACCCCAAGGUCUUCGAGGAGUACCAGGCGUUCGUUGAGAAGUACGGUGAUCUGAGUGUGAUUCCAACCCGCUAUUUCCUCGGCCGUCCGGACAUUGGCGAGGAGAUGCACGUCUCCAUCGAGAAGGGCAAGACGCUCAUCAUUCGUCUGAUGGCUGUUGGCCCUGUCGUUGAGGGCCGUGCCCAGCGUGAUGUCUGGUUCGAGGUGAACGGCGAGGUCCGUGCCGUGUCGAUCGAGGACAAGAACUCCGCGGUGGAGACCGUGUCUCGCGAGAAGGCGACGACCGCUCCUGGAUCGGUCGGCGCGCCGAUGUCUGGCGUCGUAGUUGAGGUGCGUGUGAAGGAGGGUGCAGAGAUCAAGAAGGGUGAUCCCGUCUGUGUAUUGAGCGCGAUGAAGAUGGAAUCUCCCGUCUCGGCGCCUGUGUCUGGCCAUGUCAAGCGCGUGGUCGUUCACGAGGGCGACUCCAUCAACCAGGGCGACCUCAUCGUGGAGAUCACGCAAUGAUCCUGCUGAAUAUCACUACGCAUCGUGUCUCAUCACAGUUCAUGUAGUGUACGAAUAGAACCAGAAGUACGAUUCACUGUUGUCACGAAUAUAUCCCAUCAACCUGCCUACGCGUUACAUUGUGCCCGAACGCGUCAUAAGUCCACCUGCUGUACCAUUCUAUGACCGUAGAGCGU